AUGAAAGUAGAACUGUGUGCAGAUUUUAUAGUGCUGAUGUUAUACCACCUCGUUCUGGUAACGCCUUGUCUCUGCUGGCAAUACUCUGACAUCGGUAGAAUUAAGUAUUCUAUGAGUGGAGAUAAAAUUAUCGGUGGUUUAUUCCCCCUGCAUGACUACGACCACAAUAAAGAAUGUAGAGCAUUACGAGAUCUGGGAACUUUGCUGCGAAUGGAGGCAAUGGUGUAUGCUAUAUACGAGAUCAAUAACAGGGACGACAUACUACCAAAUAUGACUAUAGGUUUUGAAAUAUAUGACACCUGUACGCGCGAGUCUACCUCAAUAGCGCAGACAUUGCGUUUUAUGCCAAUGUCGGCAUUCAGGAAUACGGCAGACUGCCAAUGCGUCACGGACAACGGUGCAUGUAGUGAUGAAAACGUAACACACCCGUAUGUUGACGUCGUUAUCGGCACAGAAAUGAGUUUUACGACCAUACCUGCUGCUCAGUUGCUGGGAUUGUCAGAAAUAUGUCAGAUCAGUUACUAUGCUACGAGUGACGAUCUUAGCAACAAGAAGAGAUUUCCGUUCUUUUUGCGUCUAAGUCCACCUGACAAACUUCAGGUAAAAACAAUGAUUGACUUAAUGAAACAUUUCAACUGGACUUUUAUUUCCAUUGUUCAUUCAGAUGACAACUACGGCAACAACGGACUGAAAGAACUAAAAAUGGAAGCGGAGAUUGCUCACAUAUGUAUUGCAGGGACAAUAGAAGUAUCUGCUUUCAUGACAAAUAAUGGCUUUGACUACGUAGUUCACUCACUUCUUAGUUGGCCUAGAGCGCGAGUAGUGGUUAUGUUCGUCCAUGUUAAAGAAGCGAACGGAGUGUUGUCAGCUAUUGGAAGGGCAAACGCUACACAUCAUUUCCAACUCAUCGGUAGCGACGGCUGGGCUGCGAGUAUUGAAGAGAUCAGACCAGAGAAUCGCGUAAUCGCAUCAAGUGUGCUGAAAAUAAAUUUAUACUCUGCACAUUUUCAGCCCUUUGAAGAUUACUUUAUGUCUCUUAAUCCGGAAAACAAUCAACACAAUCCAUGGUUUGAAGAAUUUUGGCAAAAAUAUUUGAACUGCACUUCCGGUGACGACAAAUGUACUGAAAUGCACUUACCGUCGGGGUUUUCCAGAGACAACUCGGUUUCGUUAGUUAUAGAUUCCGUAUACACAUUCGCACUUGGAUGGGAGAAUAUGCGUAGGGAUAUGUGCCCAAACAGUUCGGAACUUUGUACGCCCCUGAAAGAGGCCAAAAUGGAUGUGGGCUAUUUGCAUAAUCUAACAUUCAAUGGGGCAACGGGUUCCAUAAUGUUUGAUCGCAAUGGUGAUCUUAUGGGAAAAUAUGACAUACAUACCAUUCAACGGGUUGGUGAUGCAUAUCAGCUGUUGAAACUUGGAAUCUGGGAUUCGUUGGGAGGAGACAACAAGCUUAUGUUUUCAGACAAUCUUUCACUAUGGCUAGAUGCAUUUCCUGGUACGCUACCACCAUCCUCAUAUUGCAGCGACCCGUGUUCUGCUGGUGAAAUGGUGAUACAACGGGAACAUGUCUGUUGUUGGGAUUGCGUUUUGUGCAGGAGCAAUGAAAUAACAGUUUUCAAUGCCACGAUGUGUCAGGAAUGUCUCCCGCACAUGUGGCCAGAAAAGAUGAGAACACAUUGUGAGGCAAUACCACCGUCAUUCAUCAAAUACCAAGACCCAUGGGCCAUUAUGUUGUGUACCUUCAGUGCUGUGGGAUUGACAUUCUGUUUCAUCACACUAAUAGCAUUUACGCAUUACAACAGCAAGCCCCUCGUUAAAGCAACCAGUCGGGAACUCAGUUACAUUAUGUUUAUUGGUAUUAUACUGUCCUAUGUUUUGGUAUAUUCCUUCCUCGCCAUGCCGACCACAACCACGUGUUACAUUAACCGUUUCGGCUUCAUGUUAAGCUUCACUUUGACAUACGGUCCGUUAUUGACGAAAACCAAUAGAAUAUUCCGAAUAUUCGAUGCUGGCAAGAAGUCAACCAGAAGACCUGCGUUUAUUAGUCCACGUUCACAAGUAACGAUUGCUCUGGGCAUGGUCUUUUUACAGGUCAUCAUUAGUACUACGUGGCUGAUCGUUCUCCCACCAGAGGCUAUCCUUAUUGUACCGGUCCCUAAAGAAAAACAUGUGGAGUUAAGCUGCAAUAUCUCUGAAAAUGAAGUCAUCACCUCACUCUGCUUUAAUGUAUUACUUGUUGUCAUGUGCUCUUACUAUGCUUUCAAAGCAAGGAAGGUACCUAGCAACUACAAUGAAACACGUUUCAUCACUGUCAGCGUGUAUACAACAUUGGUAAUAUGGCUGGCUUUUAUACCUACGUAUUUCACGACGAACAGGUCUUAUUUUAAAGUGACAGUUCUCUCACUGGCGAUGAUACUGAAUGCUUCAGUGACAUUAGUGUGUCUGUAUAUGCCUAAAAUUUACGCCGUGCACUUCUUGAAAGAAGUCGACAUCAAUGCCGCUACGCACUUCGAAGGUGCUACUGCGUCGGGUAAGGCCGUAGCGCGUUCCGCUACACAUUUUUCAAACAGAGUAUCGCCUGGUGAAGGACCUUCAACGAUUACUCAAACAACAAUUAUGCAGAAUUCAAACAAGGAAAAAUAUAAAAUGGAAAUACCGAAUGAAUUACAGCCAAGUGGCUCGGCGAGAUGA